GGGACUAGUGGCGUUGCACAUUGCACUUCCGAUUAAUCUCCGUAAAAGACGGUCCUAGUGGAGUUGCAUCUUGGAGCUCCGCGGAUCAAUUUUUUGACUUUGCUUGGCGCGAUCCGAUUGGAAUCGGAGCCAUCCAAACUGCAAUCAUGACGGUGGGUAAAAGCAGCAAGAUGCUGCAGCACAUCGACUACAGGAUGCGCUGUAUCCUGCAGGAUGGCCGCAUCUUCAUCGGAACGUUCAAGGCCUUCGACAAGCACAUGAACCUCAUCCUGUGUGACUGCGACGAGUUCAGGAAGAUCAAGCCCAAGAACUCCAAACAGCCUGAACGCGAGGAGAAGCGGGUGCUGGGGCUGGUGCUCCUCAGGGGGGAGAACCUGGUUUCCAUGACAGUGGAGGGACCCCCACCCAAAGAUACUGGCAUUGCCCGUGUGCCCCUGGCUGGUGUGGCAGGAGGACCAGGUGUCGGGCGGGCAGCUGGCCGGGGGGUCCCUGCCGGGGCCCCGAUGCCCCAGGCCCCAGCCGGACUGGCCGGGCCUGUCCGCGGAGUGGGAGGCCCAUCCCAGCAGGUGAUGACCCCACAAGGAAGGGGAACAGUAGCGGCUGCUGCAGCAGGUGCUAGCAUCGCCGGCGCUCCCACGCAGUACCCCCCAGGAAGAGGGGGACCCCCUCCCCCGAUGGGUCGCGGAGCACCUCCUCCAGGCAUGAUGGGCCCCCCUCCAGGCAUGCGCCCUCCCAUGGGCCCCCCGAUGGGAAUGCCUCCUGGCCGCGGAGCCCCAAUGGGCAUGCCCCCUCCAGGGAUGAGGCCCCCUCCCCCUGGAAUGAGAGGGCCCCCUCCCCCAGGGAUGCGCCCUCCCAGACCGUAGGCCUCCCGUCUGGAUCGAAGCUUGACGUCAUGAACCUUCUGCCCCUCAGGGGCAAUUCUCAGUUCAAGUUGUUGUAUAGAUUAAUUUUUUGUACGUUUUGUUUUCCUUUUUUAAUAAAUGAUUUGUCUCUGACAGUUUAUUUUAAAA